CUCCAGGGGCGGCAGAGAGCUCACGCAGCUCUGCUAAAGAUGUGAAAAUGGCGGAGCUACAAAUGCUACUGGAAGAAGAGAUUCCAGCGGGGCGAAGCGCUCUCCUGGACAGUUUUACCAACUUGGAAAGAGUCGCCGAAUACUGCGAGAGUAAUUAUGUCCAGUCUCCAGACAAGCAGAGGGCUCUGGAGGAGACCAAGAAUUACACUACACAGUCCCUGGCCAGUGUCGCCUACCUGAUCAACACACUGGCCAACAAUGUCCUGCAGAUGCUCGACAUUCAAGCGUCGCAGCUCCGCCGCAUGGAGUCUUCCAUCAACCACAUCUCACAGACAGUGGACAUCCACAAAGAGAAAGUGGCAAGGCGGGAGAUUGGUAUCCUCACCACCAAUAAGAAUACUUCACGCACUCACAAAAUCAUUGCUCCCGCCAAUCCUGAGAGACCAGUGCGCUACAUCCGUAAACCCAUCGACUAUGGUCUGCUAGAUGACAUGGGUCAUGGCGUUAAGUGGUUGCAAAGGUUUAAGGCCAGUGCUCAGAACAUGAAGGCUGGAGGAGGCGCGCUUCCUCGCACAAACCCCCCCACACAGAAGCCCCCCAGCCCACCAAUGACGGGGAAAGGUACACUUGGGCGACACUCCCCUUAUAGGACGCUUGAGCCAGUGCGUCCACCCGUUGUCCCAAACGACUACGUCUCGAGCCCGACGCGCAACAUGGCGCACACCCAGCCGAGCCCAGCACGCACUGCAUCUGUUAAUCAGAGGAACCGCACGUACAGCAGUGGCAGCAGUGGUGGAAGUCACCCCAGCAGUAGUCGCAGCAGCAGCCGGGAAAACAGCGGCAGCGGCAGUGUGGGCGUCCCCAUCGCUGUGCCCACCCCUGCUCCACCCAACGCAUUUCCAGGCUCGGGCCCCAUGCCGCCCAACCCUGCCAAACCUACUUCCAACACAGCCACCACCCCUGGUCCCGCUCCCUCUACUGUAGAUGGCCCUUCACAGGUCCCUAAUCCUCCUGUAGAUAUCCCGCCUGUGCCCCCUCCCCCUCCCCAGCUCCCUGCCUCUGCUGCCCCCACUGGCACAGGCCCUGCUACUUACAACAACCCCGCACAAGGUGCUCAAUUCUAUAGCAUGAAUCGCCCUGCACAGCAGCCCCAAAACAAUCAGGUUGGGGGAUCGUUGCCGUACCGCAGGCCUUCGUCCGUCACCGGCCAGCCCAAUAUGGCACACAACCAGAGUCAACUAAAUGGUGGACCCCAUUUUGCCCAUAACCAAGCCGGCCCGCACGCUCCCCCUCCCCCUUCCAUGCAGAUCACCCCUCAGCUGCCUCUGAUGGGCUUUGUGGCCCGAGUUCAGGAGACCAUCUCAGAUGUGCCGCCCCCACCUCCUCCUGCAGAAGAGCCGGUGUUCGAGGAGCCCACACCUCCUCCACCGCCUCCAGAGGACUACGAGGAUGAGGAAGAAGAGGAAGAGUCGGCGGUGGUGGAGUACAGUGACCCUUACGCAGAGGAAGACCCGCCAUGGGCUCCUCGCAACUACAUGGAGAAAGUGGUGGCCAUCUAUGACUACAGCCGGGACAAAGAAGACGAGCUCUCGUUCCAGGAGGGCGCCAUCAUCUACGUCAUCAAGAAGAACGACGACGGCUGGUUCGAAGGGGUGAUGAACGGCACCACCGGCCUCUUUCCUGGAAACUACGUGGAAUCCAUCAUGCACUACGCUGACUAAACAGUUCUUUCGAGACGAACAGGAACAGAUAAAGGUGCGAGGGAAGGCCGCCAAAGGUUAAGAGGUCAAAGACUUUGAUCAGACGGAGCAUGAUCACCUCUGGGAGAAAAGAUGUGGAACAGCUUUUACGUUGCUUCAUGAGAUACUGACCCAGUCACCCGACCACUCCUCUGAGUUUUGCUUUUCUUUUGUUUUGUAUCAUUAUGAAGCCACUACAUUUAUAAUGCUUCAGUUGUUUUUUAUGUUUUGCCCUCCUUUUCUUAAGUAUUUAUUUGAAGUAUAGCUGGUAUCGGUUUGUACUGAGAGAGGGGCUGCAAUUAGGGAUUUUACUCGAAAUGGAGCCUCCCAUUCAGAGGCUGCGGGAGGAACCCCUUGUAGGAAACCAUCUCCUCUAUAUAGGAAAGACACAAAUACAGUAUAUACUGUAUAUAUACAUAUAAAUAUAUAUAUAUAUAGGCAUAACAAAACGCCGCGAAGUAAAUAGUUUCAUGCUUUUUUUUUUUCCUGCUACCUGAGCGGGAAGCGUGCCAAACAGGAUGUUCACUGAUAAGCACAUGAAAUUUCUGGGCAGGAUUGAGGACAAACUAGAUGGUGAACCAAGAGUUUUUAUUUCAUCUGCUCUCGUCGGCCUCUCCAUGCCUUUAUUUCCAGUAGGUGUGCAAUUCAUUUUGGUGAAACAAUCAUUCUCAAUUCCGAGGUUCCAAGGUGCACAAUAAGGCAGAUGUAUGAGUUAACAACUUCAUUUGAGGCUUUUUAUUUUUUCAUCACAUUUGCUUUUUUUUUUUUUUUUUUUUGGAGCAGCUGCAUGUUUGGGAAGCAGAAGUUGUUCUUAUUUCUGCUCUGUUGAUGAUAAAUGUCUUAAUAUUUUUAGAUAUGGUGUGGUUCUUGGUUUGGUUCUUCUGGAUAUUCACUCACAUGACCAUGAAGCUGCGUUUUAAGGUUGACAUGCUUGUGCCAUAUUGAAGUGUGGGUUGUCGUUUCGAGUGUUUCCGUUUCUUUUUGCAAUAAAUUUGCCAGAGGGGUGAGGUGUUGUUGUUCAACUUCAUAUAGUCUACUUCAGUUUCUGAGAUUAUUUUUAAUCAAAAAGCACAUCGAUUUGUAGUUUAAAAAGAAAGAAAUAUGAAAUAAUGUGAGAUAUAUUACGGCUCUGACGUGUGACUUAUUGAUAUGACUAUGAAAAGAAACCAGCUCUUGUGUUCGUUACUGGUGCGAGAACCCCCCCCGCCCCUUCCCCACACAUCCCCCUCCCUGACGGUUUGUUCCGUUCCUGCAAGGGGGUCAUCGUUGCGAGGGCUCGGUGCUUGUACCUUCAUGAAAAUCUUUAUAUUUAAAAAAAAAAAGAAAUGAUGAAAGUGGGUCUGUAUGUGAGUCUUGCAUGCCAUUGUUCUUAUCUGUACUGGUGUCCCCCAAAACUUGUGGUGAGGUCGCCUGUUUGGAAAGUGACGAGCAGCUCAGACAGUCCCACCGGCCUCAUCCAAAGAGACUGUACCAGGGUACACAGAGCCCACUUUUGAGGAGUUUCUCUUAGACUGGAAGAAGGGGCCAAGGGGCUCCUCUCCCCCCACUCUGAAGUUGUGUGGGAGAUAAGUGAAUCCUGCAGACAUGGAAACGGGCAGCAGGACCAUUGUACACACCAAAACGAUCGUGACCUGACUGUCGUCUGGACUGACAGAAAACAUUCCCUUCAUGUGGCCUUUUGUGUCUGCAGGAUUCACAGCUCCAGGGAGACACAAAGGCCCCUGAAGAAGUUCGACAGCCCAUGCCAUUGUGUUGCACAGUUCAAGAAGUAUCUUAUUUGUAAAAUCAUGAGAAUAAAGACAAUAAAACUAUUCAGAUUAAA